CCUCUCUAACUUGAAAGAUUAUUUAGUUCUCCAGACUGCAUUGCAUAUAACCCAGAGGAAACCCCAGGCUGUGCUAAAUUUAAGGACGGAGACCAAUUCAUUUGCCACUAUCAGGAUUAUCGAGGACACAGAGACCGCUACCAGUAACCAGAAGGAAGACUCCAUGGCCACUUCGAGAAGCAACAUGAAAGGUGCGAAGAAAAAGCUGCCCGUGUUCUGUUGUAUGUCCAAGCUAAAGAUAUUUCUACUGGCCUUAUCUUUUGCCUAUCUGGGCAAGACCAUGUCUGGGGCUUACAUGAACAGCAUGCUCACACAAAUUGAACGACGGUUCAACAUUCCUGCCUCACUGGUUGGAGUUAUCAAUGGAAGCUUUGAAAUGGGCAACUUGCUGGUGAUACCCUUUGUGAGCUACUUGGGAGCAAAACUCCACCGACCUCGCCUAAUUGCUCUUGGUUGUGCAGUCAUGGCUUUGGGGUGUUUUUUGAUAGCACUGCCUCAUUUCCUGAUGGGAAGAUACGAGUAUGAAAACACGGUUACAUUGUCUGAAAAUUCUUCAAGUGUGGCUGUUUGUCUUGCAAAUCACAGCCAGUUUUCCAUGCCUACCAAUCAGCCCUCAGCAGUGUGUGAAAAACAGGCUGGAUCUUUGAUGUGGGUGUUGGUGCUGGUGGGAAACAUCAUUCGAGGCAUUGGUGAAACUCCCAUCACUCCUCUAGGCAUUUCGUAUGUGGAAGAUUUUGCAAGGACAGAGAAUUCUCCUUUCUAUAUUGGCUGUCUACAGAUAGCUACAGUCUUGGGCCCCUUGCUUGGUUUAAUGAUUGGUUCAUACUGUGCCAAGUUAUAUGUGGAUACUGGAUUCAUAAACCUAGUGGAUGUGACAUUGAAUCUUACUGAUGCUCGCUGGGUUGGGGCCUGGUGGCUGGGAGUGCUGAUAUGCGCAGUGGUGAACCUCCUUGUUGCAAUCCCAUUCUGCUUCUUGCCCAAGUCUCUGCCGAAGGAAGGCGAGGAAAACAACAUAGACUUGGCAAUCAAAGGAAACAGAACAUUACUUCAAACCAAAAGUGCAGCUCGCACCAAAGAAAAAAUAUGUGAAAUUGCUAAAGAUUUCAUCCCCUACUUGAAAAGUCUUUUUCGCAACCGAGUUUACAUGAUUUUUCUGUGCAUCACCGUGCUGCAGUUUAGUGCUUGGAUUGGGAUGAUCACCUUUAUGCCAAAAUAUCUGGAGCAGCAGUAUGGGAUCUCUGCAUCAGAGGCCAUUUUUUUAAUAGGUGUUUACAAUUUACCAAUUAUAUGUGCUGGAUAUUUUUUUGGAGGCCUUAUGAUGAAGAAAUUCAAGAUAAGCACCUAUAAAGCUGCCCACAUAGGUUUUUGGUCUUCUUUGAUCGAGUAUCUCAUCUACUAUUCUGCUUUUUCCAUGGUCUGCAAAAAUGCAUCGGUUGCUGGCCUAACGGUCUCCUAUGAAGGGAUUGAUCAAGUCUCCUAUGAAGGAACAACUUUGUAUGCAGACUGCAAUCAUGGUUGUGGCUGCCCAGCCAAGGUGUGGGAUCCAGUUUGUGGAGAGAACGGAAUAGCCUACAUCUCGGCAUGCCUUGCUGGAUGUGAAGUCUCAAAUGGAACUGGGAAAAAUACAGUAUUUAAAAACUGCUCCUGCAUUUCAACACCAGAAUUUCCAGCUGGAAAUGGCUCGGCAGUGCUGGGACAGUGCAACAGAGAGGACAAAUGUGGUGUGAUGCUGCAGUACUUCUUAAUUUUAUCCUUCAUCUGCUGUUUAAUUUAUUCCUUUGGAGCCAUGCCUGGUUAUAUGGUCCUAAUAAGGUCCCUAAAGCCUGAGGAGAAGUCAUUUGGUGUGGGCCUCCAUACCCUGGCAAUAAGAGUAUUUGCUGGAAUCCCAUCACCCAUUUAUUUUGGAGCUAUGAUAGACACCACAUGCUUGAAAUGGGGAACCAAGAGCUGUGAUGCAGAAGGAGCGUGUCGGAUGUAUGAUUCUGACACUUACAGAUUGCUGUACCUGGGACUUCCAUCAGUCCUCCGUGCACUAUCCUACAUCCCUUGUGUGUUUAUACUUCUCAUUUUAAAGAAACAGUCCAAGAGUCUGAUGAGUGAGAAUGUUGAGAUGGAAGCCAAAGGAGAGGAAAACAGACCAGUGGAACAGAAGGAUGUACAUGAAGCUCAGAACUGUACAAGCGUACAUCAGGAGACCAUUGCCUAUAUAAACACAAGCUUAAGUAAUAAUGAAUGACUGAAACUUAAAGCUUGAACCUCAGAUGAAGGUUACGUAGCCAAUUAUAACUUGUGUGCAUGUCAUCUACAGCAAACCUUGCAGAAUGUAAGGUACACACAGCAGGUAGUAGUAGAUGACUAAGGCUUAUACUACCCCACUGCGUAUGUGUGUUUAGCACCACAUCCAAGUUUCCUGGUAUUUCACUUAUUUCCAUUGUUGUUUCAAGAUCUGUUGAAAAGUAUGGAAGGGGCAUUAGGGGUUAUUUGUAGGGUCAGGGCGUGAGCCUCUCAGCUCAAGAGAUGAGAAGCAACAAGGGCAGUCACUAUAGUUUAUUCACUUGUCUGCUGGGUUCAGGGAUAAAACAGGGACUAGUCUCCAGGGCUCAAGGGCCUCCAGGAGAUCAGGUUGAGUUUGUGAGUUAAUCCAUAUUUGCAUAGCCUACUUUUUUAGUCUCCCUGAUGCGGGUUGAUCAACCAGCAUAUAAAACAAAUAUGGAACAACUUAUACUGAAGUUCAACUUGAGUUGACUGAAAAAAGUCAAUACAGAUUAGAAGAAGAGUAGAGAGAGGGUUAUGUGGAUCUGUCCCCAAACCACUACAGUCACAGGCCGACACCCUCACUAACCAUGGGGCCAUGCGCUGAGCAGAAUUGUGUCUCCACUGAGGAGAGCUUCCAGAGAUCCACCACAGAUAUCACUCAAGGGAUUUUGCCGAUUUGUCCUUCACCUGGAAGUGCUCUGUGUUACUGGAAAAUACAUCCCUGAGGGUUGUGCAGCCCUCAGGUACGUAUUUUUGGCUGGUGCAGAGCACUUCUGGGAGAAGGAGGGAUUGGCAAAAAUUGCCACUCUUGCAUGAUAGCUGCAGCUGAGUUCCAGAAGCUCUCCUCAGCAAGGACUCUUUGCAUGGUUAGUGAGGGUGUCAGACUGUGUCUGUACCAAAGUUCUUGCACAUUAUAGACAAAUUAGGUUAUAGUUAUGCUUGUGUUCUUUCCUAAUAUUUUGGAUCCAAGAUAAAAUACUCUCAAGUCUCCACAAAUUCAGAAAUUCCAAAAAGCUGAAACAUUUAGUGAUUCAUAAAACUGCAAAAUUCUACAUCUUAAUGUCAGGUUCUUAACACAUUUGUCUUUGCUAUGUAUAACCCUAGUCACAUCCAUGGAAGCCUCCCUCCUAAGGCAAAGAGUAGUUAGGAACAUCGCUGCCUUAGACUGGGUCAGACUGCUGGUUCCUCUAGCUCAGUAUUGUCUACAGUACACUGACUGGUAGCAGCUCUCCAAGGUUUCAGGCAGCUCUACCUGGAGAUGCUGCCAGGGAUUCAACCUGGGACCUUCUGCAUGCAAAGAUCCUUUAACACUGAGCUUUUCAUCAGGACUAUAGUGCAAAGGGUUAAACACCCUCUCUCCAUAUGCCACUGAAACUUAACCUUAAAAAACAAACACACAAGGUCAAACUAUAAGUUUAACAUUAACAUGUAGUUUGGUCUACUCUGACUGUUAGCAACUCUCCAAGGUCCUCACUUCUCCCAAUCCCUGCUACCUGUAAUUCUUUCUAAACAGGGGAUAUGAGAGACUUAGCCAGGGACAUCCUGCAGGCAGAUCUUCUGCUCUACCACUGAACCAUGAGCCUUACCCAUUUUAAAAAAGUUAUGCAUAGUGGCUGCCAUCUCAACAAAUGGGUUCACUUGCAUAACGAACACAGUUGUUGUGAAGUUGGUGCAAUGUGAUGAUGCACAACCACUAGUGGAAGACCUUGAUGCUGUUCUCGCACACAGCCUAACCUGGGCUAGGGACACCCAGCCUGGAUUAAGCUGUGUGUGAGAACUCCUGAGAUUGGUGCCGAUCCCGGCAGGUCAGUGCUGCCUAGCCCAGCUUUUAAGUCCAGCUGUCCUUACCUCAAGCUACCUGCUCGUGUGUGAGCAUGGGUUGCUUCCGGCCCGGCCACACACAGAGACAGGUGCCUAGAACGUGUCACACACUGCAUUGUGGGAUCCAUGGAGGCCGAGACAAUGAGUCCCAACCUCGGAUCAAUCCGUCCUCUCUGUGCUGCCCAGAGCAGGGAGGAUUGUGUGGGAGCAUGGAGUGCGCUACCACCAGGCUUACAAGGAUUGUCUGGGGCUGGGAAAAGGCAAGGCUUGGGAAGCCUCCCCACCCGCCCAUGCAUCCAUGUUGCAGUGCAGUCUUAUUCCAUGAGCCCGGCCCACAAUCAGUGUUCCCUCUAACAGGGAUUCCCAGAUGUUGUUGACUACAACUCCCAGAAUGCCCAGCUGCAAUGGCUCAGGGCCAGAUUAAGCUAGUGCGGGGCCUGGAGCAUAUGUUAUAAAAGGACCCUAAAGUAAGUGUGACAAGAAAUUUCCAAGAGCCAAUGGACAGGCUAUUUCCUUCGAGCUGCUGCAAGCCCCGGCUUUUCGCCAUUUGGAGCACUACCUGGGCAGAAAAGUGAACUUUCCCUUCAACAAGAAUGAGUUAAGCUGCGAGGAGGUUAUACACGAGAGGAGGUUAUAGGAAUAGGAGAAAAGCUUGCAAACAUUUAGUGUGGGGCCCUCAAAAAUGCGGGGCCCAUAGCAAAUGCUACUUUUGCUAAUAGGUUAAUCUGGCUGUGCUUCUGCUUGGGGAUUGUGGGAGUUGUAGUCAACCACGUCUGGGAAUCCCUGUUAGAGGGAACACUGACCACCAUGGUUGGCUGUCAGUACCAUCUUGGGAUGGAUGCUCACAAUGAUUUUCGGCAAUGCCUGGCUCCUGAGAGGCAGCGAAUAGGUGACAGCCUUGUUGCACUUAUAGCUUUCUCUGUGUCAUCACCUCUUCUUUAUCCCUAUUUCCAAACAGUCAGGAUAAAGUUGCAGUCAUUUUUUGCACAGAGCAAAUGGUUAAGAUCAGAGUUAAGGUAAAAGUGAAAAAAUUGCACUCUCUUCAUGGAGUAAUCUUUGGAGGACAUUCCUGCCAAUUUUCGUAUCUAUCCCUCUGACAACACUGAUAAAAUUUUCUAGUCGUCUUUGUGUUUUUAAUACUUCUAAAAGCUUUGAGAACACCAUUGCAAAUGUGGCCGCUGCAGGCCUGAUGGUCAGGACAGACUGAAAGCUGCUCAUUUUUAUGAGGGGGGAAAAAUGUGUGUGUGUGUGAUUUUUUUUGCAACCCCCUCUCCAGCACAUUAUUUUUUUAUUUACUUUUGGGGGGCAUUGCUGGAUAUCUGGGGACACACAGAACAUAGAAAAUCCCCCAUUCCCCCUACUUUCAGCCCAAUUUUGUCCUUUUUCUCCCAUUUUUUGCUGCCUCAGGAACCUAACCCACCCAAUUCCCAUUGCCCUAAUAUCCCAUUAUCCCCUGCCAUGGAACAGUACCCCCACAGAUAACAGGGUUCUCCUGUAUGACAUGAGACCGGAAGACUACCAAUGAAUAUAACAGAAAGGAGAUGGAUCAAAUCCAAAGUACAGAUCCUUGGCCAGACACAUUUCAACCCCUCUGGGCCUGUUCAUGGGCAGGCUAUGGUUAAAAGAAAUAUGAUUAUUUACAUAAAUAUCAUUCUAUACUUUGAAUGUAUUAUCUUGUUCUAGUUUGAGUGUUUUGUUUAUUGUAUUGCACUAGGCUUAUUUUGUUGUUGGUUGUGGAACUUGCUUGCACAAUAUCCUUCUGCAAAUGCACCAUUAGUCAUGACCUUAGGCACUAACGCCUCCGUUGGCAGCAGCCUUGUUACUGUUCGGAUGCUGUGUAAAACAAUUUUAUUUGCCCAGGCAUUUAGCAGGGUUUGAUUUACUCAUGCUGGCUUGCACUCCUCAACGUUGCUGUUUUUAUGUUAUUUUUGUUGUGUUUUAUUGGUAAUUGUGCUUACACUCAUUUUAUUUUAAUAACGAUGUUUUAGUUGAUGGCCAUAAGCUGCCUUGGGGGACAUGUUUGAAAGGUGGGAUAAAAGUAUUUUUUAAAAAAGAAACGUGCCUAUUGUCUAGGUACCCAUUAUUUUUAAAAAAUAAAUGUGCCUGAUGACAAUA